AGAUGCCGAUCCUUCGCAUAACGAUCGGAACGCCAGAGGAGGCGCGCCACCCUACCGCGCUUAAAGCCGCUCUCGCCGAGUUCAUCUCCGUGCUCAUUUUCGUCUUCGCCGGCCAGGGAUCGGGGAUGGCGUUCAAUAAGCUCACGGAUGAUGGCUCCACAACCCCAGCGGGGUUGGUGUCGGCGUCCUUGGCCCAUGGCUUCGGCCUCUACGUCGCAGUAGCCGUCGGGGCCAACAUCUCCGGCGGCCACGUCAACCCGGCCGUCACCUUCGGCGCCUUCCUCGGUGGCAACAUCACGCUGCUUCGGGGCAUUUUGUACUGGAUCGCGCAGCUGCUCGGCUCCGUGGUCGCCUGCCUGCUUCUCAAGUUCGCCACCGGCGGCCUGGAAACGACGCCCUUCUCGCUGUCGAGCAGCGUGACCGUGUGGAACGCGUUGGUGUUUGAGAUCGUGAUGACCUUCGGGCUGGUGUACACGGUCUACGCGACGGCCAUAGAUCCGAAGAAGGGCAACCUGGGAAUCAUCGCGCCCCUCGCGAUCGGGCUCAUCGUGGGUGCCAACAUCCUGGCAGGCGGGGCGUUCGACGGCGCCUCCAUGAACCCGGCCGUCUCCUUCGGCCCCGCGGUGGUCAGCUGGACCUGGGACAAUCACUGGGUAUACUGGGUCGGCCCGUUGCUCGGCGGGGGCAUCGCGGCCUUGGUCUACGACGGCGUCUUCAUCGGCUUCGGCACCCAUGAGCAGCUCCCUACCACAGACUACUAGCGUUCGUGGGCUUUGUUAACGAAUAAUCGCCAGCGAGACUCGCUGUGUUUGGAGUCGUGGUGGUUUCUGAAUAGGGAGGUGCGACAGAUGAUUCUAUUGGUUGGUUGUGUCUGCUGUAACAGUUCAUGCAAUGCAUUUAUCUCAGAUCGAAGUUCCUUAGUGCA